ACAGCCUGAGAAAGAAGAAGCACCUUUGCGUUGGGGAGGAAAAAUUACAUAAAGAGCGGCCCAUUUGCUAAAGAGAGGCUUGUAAGAGACUCCCAAAGACAAAGCGAGGAGAAUAACAAAGAAGAAAGAGCCAGGCCCAGCUUUGCCCAGGCAUGAGAGGCUGCUCUGAAGGCCCUUCUCCAUUCAAGCAGAAGGCGGGAAAUGAGAACCAUGCAGGCCCACCGAUAUCCCCUGAAGAACCAGGUUUUGACAUGAUCUAUACAAUUGAAGACACACCUCCCUGGUACCUCUGCAUCCUACUGGGAUUUCAGCAUUAUCUGACCUGUUUCAGUGGCACCAUCGCUGUUCCUUUCCUCCUGGCAGAGUCCCUGUGUGUAGGGAAGGACCAGUAUACCAUCAGCCAGCUCAUUGGCACCAUCUUCAGCUGUGUGGGGAUCACCACUCUCAUCCAAAGCACUGUGGGCAUUAGACUUCCACUGUUUCAAGCCAGUGCUCUCGCAUUCCUGGUUCCUGCCAAGUCUAUCCUGGCACUGGAUAAAUGGAAAUGUCCUCCGGAAAAGGAGAUCUAUGGCAACUGGACAUUGCCACUGAACACAUCUCACGUAUGGCAACCAAGGAUAAGAGAAAUCCAAGGAGCCAUCAUCGUGUCGAGCCUUCUAGAAGUGGCAAUUGGGCUGAUGGGCCUCCCGGGGGCCCUGCUCAGCUACAUCGGGCCUCUCACCGUCACACCCACUGUCUCCUUAAUAGGCCUCUCCGUCUUCCAAGCGGCAGGGGACCGAGCUGGAUCCCACUGGGGCAUCGCAGCAUUGUCAAUUGUUUUGAUCAUUCUAUUUGCUCAGUACCUACGAAAUGUGUCUUUCCUCCUGCCCGGCUACAAAUGGGGCAAAGGAUUCACGCUGAUCCGGGUGCAGAUCUUCAAGAUGUUUCCAAUAAUACUGGCCAUUUUGGUGGUCUGGCUGCUCUGUUACAUUCUGACCGUAACUGAUGUAUUUCCUCGCGAUGUAAAUGCCUAUGGAUACAAAGCCAGAACCGAUGCUAGAGGAGAAAUCAUGUCCAUUGCACCGUGGUUCCGCUUUCCUUACCCAUGCCAGUGGGGGCUCCCCACAGUGACAGCUGCAGCUGUGCUGGGCAUGUUCAGCGCCACCUUGGCUGGGAUCAUUGAGUCCAUUGGGGAUUAUUACUCCUGUGCUAGGCUUGCAGGGGCUCCUCCUCCACCUGUGCAUGCCAUCAACAGGGGCAUUUUUACAGAGGGAAUCUCUUGUGUAAUUGCCGGCUUGCUGGGCACUGGCAAUGGUUCUACUUCCUCGAGCCCCAACAUUGGAGUCUUGGGCAUCACCAAGGUGGGCAGCAGGAAAGUGGUGCAAUACGGUGCUGGCAUCAUGCUUAUUUUAGGAACCAUUGGCAAGUUCACGGCUCUGUUUGCCUCCCUUCCCGACCCCAUCCUGGGAGGGAUGUUCUGCACUCUGUUUGGCAUGAUCACAGCGGUGGGGCUCUCCAACCUGCAGUUUGUGGACAUGAACUCCUCCCGCAACCUGUUCGUCCUGGGCUUUUCCAUGUUUUUUGGACUCACGCUCCCAAGCUACCUGGAUGCACAUCCAGAUGCGAUCAGCACAGGCAUUGCUGAAGUGGACCAAAUAUUACGAGUGCUGUUGACCACAGAAAUGUUUGUUGGGGGCAGCAUUGCCUUCGUAUUGGACAAUACAGUUCCAGGGACUCAAGAGGAACGUGGUUUAGUACAAUGGAAGGCUGGAGCACAUGCCAACAGUGACACAUCUGCAAAACUGAAGACUUAUGAUUUCCCCUUUGGAAUGGGCACGGUUAGAAGGAUCCAGUGGUUAAAAUAUGUGCCAGUGUGCCCAGUUUUCGUGGGGUUUAACUCCAGGACACAGAGGGACCCUGAUACAUCAGAACAGAUAACAAAUGUGACAGAUAUCGCAGCCGUAUGCACAAAGGUUUGAAAAGACCCCUAUUAAGUAUCGCAGAAGAUGGAAGGACCAUAUUUGGUUGAAAGAGACUGUGUGAGGUUCCAGCAUAGUUAACUCACACCCCAGCAGAGAUGCCUCAAGUAAAGCAGACUAUACUUAUAUGAGGACAAGCAUAGUUGGUCAAAGCUUAUUCACUUUUCUGUCUCCAUUAAUAAAAAAUAUUUAAG